AUGUCGGUAGAACUCGAACUUCUCCCCUCAGACGACGCACUACCACUACUUGACGCUCUUGCCGCACCAUCUGCACCAACUGCGGCCCUAUUAACAGCAUUAGCUUCGUCUACGGUACUAACCAGUACACUAUCGACACCGAUUGCAGCCGGCAAACCACCGACACUCGAUCCUGGCGCUCUACCAACAGCUAACACCGUUGCAACUUCUGCUGUAUCACAGUCACGGGUACCGCGUUUAAUGGAUAUUCGAGUCCCGUUAAUGUCUAUCACUCCAUGGUUCCCACUAUAUAGUCAAUGCUACCACCUACGACUGAUCACGCAAAGGCGUUAUGAUGCGUAA